AGUAGUAUUAUUAUUUUACCCAAAACAAAACCCCAUUUAUUUAUUUACAAAUAAAGUCCCUGUUUUUCUGAAAAAGGGCUUAGGAAUUGGGAAGAAGAAGAAAGGGUUGGCUUUUGCCCCUACACACUGCGAGUGAGUGAGAGAAAUGGGAGAGGGAGAGAACAUAGAAGUGGAAACUGAAGCAGAAUCCGAAGCAUCAUCGUCAUGGAACCUCGGAAAACACGCUCAGAUAAUCGAGCUGUCGGAGAAGUUGUUGGACGGGAACCUCAGCGCCAAGAUUGAGGCUGCGAGGGAGAUAAGGAAGAUGGUUCGGAAAUCAUCGUCCUCGUCGAAGAUACGUGCGAAGCUCGCCGCAGCGGGUGUGAUUGAACCCCUCGUGGUGAUGCUGUCUUCUUCCAACAUCGAAGCUCGCCAAUCCUCUCUUCUCGCUCUCCUCAACCUCGCUGUUCGCAAUGAACGCAACUUCAGAAAGAUAGCUGUAACUUCGUCCGGAGCAAAUGUACUAGCAUUCACAUUCUCAUUCUCAUUUGUUCCAGCAAGAAACAAGGUCAAAAUAGUGACAGAUGGUGCCAUGCCUCCACUGGUGGAGCUCCUCAAGAUGAAAAAUAGCGGUAUACGAGAAUUAGCUACAGCUGCAGUCUUGACACUCUCAGCUGCUGCAUCCAACAAGCCCAUUAUUGCUGCUUCUGGAGCAGCACCUUUUCUUGUUCAGAUUCUCAAAUCUGGAAGUGUUCAAGGCAAAGUUGAUGCUGUUACAGCCCUCCAUAAUCUUUCUACCUUCAAUGAGAAUUCCAUCGAACUUCUUGAUCCUAGUGCUGUUUUCCCUCUGAUCAACCUUCUUAAAGAGUGCAAGAAGUAUUCCAAGUUUGCAGAAAAAGCCACAGCACUGCUUGAAAUCCUUUCCAACUCUGAAGAAGGGCGAACUGCAAUCUCAAUUGCAGAUGGUGGAAUCUUAACCCUAGUUGAGACAGUUGAAGAUGGAUCACUUGUCAGCACAGAACAUGCUGUAGGAGCUCUGCUAUCUUUAUGCCAAAGCUGCCGAGAUAAAUACCGAGAACUGAUUCUUAAAGAAGGUGCAAUUCCGGGUCUGCUACGGCUGACCGUGGAGGGCACGGCUGAAGCUCAAGAUAGAGCUCGUGUGCUUCUGGAUUUGCUCAGAGAUUCUCCCCCAGAAAAAAGACUAACCUCAUCAGUUUUGGAGAAAAUUGUUUAUGACAUUGCUGAACGGGUAGAUGGCGCAGAUAAAGCUGCUGAAACUGCCAAACAGUUGUUGCAAGAUAUGGUUCAAAGGAGUAUGGAACACAGCAUGAAAUGCAUCCAGCAUAGGGCUGCAUCUUGCACUCCUUCUAUUCCUUCCACUUGAUGUGUACCUUUUUUUCCUCAUCAAGCAACUGCACAAUUGAGUUUUAACUUGUAAAUAUGUGUUUUCAUUUUUUUUUCUCUGGGGGGCUAGUUGUUGUGUUAACUAGAUCACCAUGGAAAGUGAGUCUAUGUUGCUCUCCUACAUGACUGUGUAUUGAUGUUUACAAGACUAACAUGAGAUUGAGUUACUGACCUCAGCACUUAUAAUUAAUUACACCGCAUACUUUCACCA